UCUCUCUCUUGUAAAAGCAGUGGUCGAGUGCCCUGCUUCAAUCAACGAGUGUAACAUCUGAAUUUAUCAAGAACAUCCUGAACAAAAUUUCAAAUCUAAAAAUGUCAGGAAACUGGAACAAUAGUCGUGGUGGAAGCGGCGGUUCCAAAUUUGGUAAUAAUGGAUCAAAAUUUGGUGGCGGCGGAGGUGGAAGUCGAUUUGGAAACUCUGGUGGUUAUGGAGGAGGGAAGAAAGAAUUUUCCGGUGGACAAAAUAUGCGACGCCCAAACUGGGAUACUAUGUCCUUACAACCAUUUAAUAAAAACUUUUACAAUCCACCACCAGAAGUAUUGAAAAGAUCAUCAUAUGAAGUUGAAGAGUAUAGAAACAAACAUGAGAUUACUGUGAAUGGAUCGGAUAUACCAAAUCCUAUCCAGCACUUUGAAGAAGGAAAUUUCCCAGACUAUGUGAUGCAAAAUAUUUCCAAUAUGGGUUACAAGGAACCUACACCAAUUCAAGCUCAAGGUUGGCCCAUAGCUAUGUCUGGACACAACUUGGUUGGGAUAGCUCAGACUGGUUCAGGCAAAACCUUAGCUUAUAUAUUGCCUGCUAUUGUGCACAUUAACAAUCAGCCCCCUAUUAGGCGCGGCGAUGGCCCUAUUGCUUUGGUAUUGGCACCAACUAGAGAACUAGCGCAACAAAUUCAACAAGUUGCAUGCGACUUCGGAAAUGCAUCAUAUGUGCGCAACACGUGCGUUUUUGGCGGCGCGCCUAAAAGGGAACAGGCUCGUGACUUAGAAAGAGGAGUAGAAAUUGUUAUUGCCACACCUGGUAGACUUAUUGAUUUCUUAGAAAAAGGAACUACAAACUUACAACGUUGUACAUAUCUAGUACUAGAUGAAGCCGAUCGCAUGUUGGACAUGGGUUUUGAACCCCAGAUUCGUAAGAUCAUUGAACAGAUUCGACCUGAUCGUCAAACUCUUAUGUGGUCAGCCACAUGGCCCAAGGAGGUUAAAAAGUUAGCGGAAGAUUAUUUAGGUGACUACUUACAAAUAAACAUUGGAUCUCUACAACUCUCUGCCAAUCAUAACAUUCUACAAAUUGUAGAUGUUUGUCAGGAACAUGAAAAGGAGAACAAGUUAAAUGUUCUGCUGCAAGAAAUAGGCCAGAACCAAGAACCUGGUGCAAAAACUAUAAUAUUUGUUGAAACAAAGAGGAAAGUAGAAAAUAUAACAAGAAACAUCAGACGGUUUGGCUGGCCAGCUGUGUGUAUGCACGGUGACAAAACACAACAAGAAAGAGAUGAUGUCCUAUAUCAGUUCAAACAGGGUCGUGCCAGCAUUCUUGUAGCAACUGAUGUUGCUGCCAGAGGACUUGAUGUGGAUGGUAUCAAAUAUGUUAUAAACUUUGACUAUCCCAACUCUUCGGAAGAUUACAUUCACCGGAUAGGUAGAACAGGGCGCUCAAAAUCAAAAGGAACAUCAUAUGCCUUCUUCACACCUUCAAAUUCACGUCAAGCUAAAGACCUUGUGAAUGUAUUGCAAGAAGCAAAUCAGACUAUCAGCCCGCAACUACAAACGAUGGCAGACCGAUGCGGAGGUGGCGGCGGCGGAUGGAAUAGAAGCCGGUACGGCGGUGGUCGCGGAGGUGGCGGCGGCGGAUCCUUCAGACGUGGAACCAAUUUCGGCAGGAGCAAUGGACAAGGAGGCGGCGGACACAAGCGAUUUAAUGAAUACUAACUUAUUUCUAUUUUUAAGUAGCAAAUCCUCUUAGGAAUAUGAAUGAAUACACAGUGUAAAUGUACAAGAUUGUAGAUUGUGACAUCCCCUCGCCUAGUUCAAACUAUUAUUCCAUAGAUGUCUAAAUUCGAUUACUCUUUUUCAUAUACAUCUGUUCUGACUAGAUAAACAAGACAUUGAGUAAAUGAACAUGAGUGUUUGACAUUAAGUUAUUUUUAGGCGGUAUUAUUUUUUCUGUGAUAUCUUAAAUGAGGAUAAGCUUGUGUUGCUGUCUCUUCAUGCCCUAACCUUCAAUUUGUAAAUGUUGAAGUGCACAUGCCCGCCUUGUUUGGGGGAAAGUACCAAAUAUAAUAACAUCAUUCCACUUUGUUCUUUUGAUCUGGUGAAAAUUAAUAAUAAACUAAUAAUAAUAUGUC